AUGGCAGUAGCUGAGUUCAAGAUGAGUUUUCCUCCCGAAAUAAACGUUGAAGAGUACUUGUCUAAUAGACCCGAGUAUAAACAGCCAUUAAACGCAUAUAUGAUAUAUAGGAAAGUUUGUGUCCGAACAUUUAAAGCGAAAGGAAUACGAUUAUCUUUAUCUAAUGUUUCCAAGUUAUCAAGUGAGGCUUGGAAGAAAGAGCCCGCUGAAGUCAAGAAAUA